AUGAGAAACGAGCGUCGCUUAAGUUUAAUGUUUUUGAAGCUGGCUGAGCAAUCGGCGUUGCUGUUCUGCGAAUUGCUGGAUCGCAUGAUUGGCCCCGAUGUGCGGGCCUACGGACAUGGAUGGCAGAAGAAUGUUCAGUUGUCAAGUAGCUUCGUAAAGUACGCCGAUUCUAGACUGGUGGCUGAGCAUAGCGAUCUCAUCAUAAUUGGUCAACAUAUCAUGGAAGCCAGCAGAAUGUGUCUGCAAUUGCGGUCUCAUUAG